UUACUCUCGCUCUCUCUCAAACUUAACAUUUAUAUAUAGUGCGGUGCCGGGCAGAGGAGAGGUCUCGGAAACAUGAUGGAAGCACGCAGUUUUCGGAUAUUUUGCGGAGUUGUAACUAUUCUCGGGACUUUAAUGGUUCAGGUUCAGUGUAAUCAGGAGUCACAUCUGAUCAAACACUUGUUCAAAAACUACAACAAGAAUAUCCGCCCUGUGAUCAAUCCUGAAGAAAAGGUGGAGGUUAUGAUCAAGCUGACCCUCACUAACCUGAUCUCUCUGAAUGAAAAGGAGGAGACUCUCACGACAAAUGUGUGGGUUGAGAUUCAAUGGAGUGAUUUUCGUCUCUCCUGGAACACAUCUGAACAUCAUGGCAUUGAUAUGCUUCGUAUCCCAUACAACUAUGUUUGGCUUCCUGACAUCGUUCUUGAGAACAACAUUGAUGGCAAAUUUGAUGUUGCCUACUAUGCCAAUGUUUUGAUCAAUAAUGAGGGUUGGAUGUAUUGGCUGCCUCCUGCCAUCUACCGCAGCACUUGUUCCAUUGAGAUUACCUACUUUCCGUUUGAUUUCCAGAACUGUACACUAGCAUUCAGAUCCCAGACGUACAGUGCCAAUGAAUUGAACCUGAUCUUAGCUGUUGGUGAAACAGGCGAAAAAAUUGAGUGGGUGGACAUCGACCCUGAGGCUUUCACAGAAAAUGGCGAGUGGGCCAUCGUCCAUCGCCCAGCCCGGAAGAAAAUCAACUUGCGGUAUUCCCCAGAUGACCUGGAGUAUCAGGAGAUCUUGUUCAAUAUAAUCAUUCAAAGGAAGCCCCUUUUCUACGUCAUCAAUAUCAUCCUGCCAUGCUCCCUCAUCUCCUCACUGGUCGUGUUGGCCUACUUCCUACCGGCACAGGCUGGGGGACAAAAGUUGACUGUGUCCAUCUCUGUCUUGCUGGCUCAGACUGUCUUCCUCUUUCUUAUUGCUCAGAAGAUCCCAGAGACAUCCAAGUCUACUCCUCUCAUUGGCAAGUAUCUUAUCUUUGUCAUGUCUGUCACUACUCUCAUUGCCACAAAUCAAAUUGUGGUGCUGAACUUUUCACUGCGAAGCCCAAGCACUCAUACAAUGUCCUACACCAUCAAGCAUGUUUUCCUGGAGAUGGUACCUCGCUUUCUUGGCAUGUCCCCUCUGGUGGAUGACAGUGAAGUAACAACAGAGAUGAAUGGGGUGAGGGAGCGGCGGCGUAGCUCCUUUGGCCUCAUGCAGAGAGCAGAGGAAUAUGUUCUGAAACAACCUCGCAGUGAAAUGAUGUUUGACAAACAAAAAGAGAGACAUAGUCUCAAGGGAUCAAAUGUGGAUAACAUAGAUGUCAGCAGCACUGCCAACCUCUAUAAGAGUUUGGCGCAAAAUGCACCUGAGAUCAAGCAGUGUGUGGAUGCCUGCAACUUUAUUGCUGACAGCACAAGACAACAAAAUGAUAUUGGAUCUGAAAUUGAAAGCUGGGUACUGAUCGGGAAGAUGAUCGACAAGGUGUGUUUCUGGGCUGCCAUGCUCCUCUUCAUCUUCGGCACGGUGUGGAUCUUCUUAACGGGACACUUCAACGUGGCGCCUGAAUUUCCAUUUCCUGGAGACAACAGAAAAUACGUCCCAAGUUAAAAAAACCCCGAACACAACCACUUACUUUCAUUUUACCCUUACAAGAGACGCUGCGCCCCAGUUACAGAUUCAGCAGCGGAGGGAUUUAAUUUAAACUUGCAACUUAGUUCUUAGUCAUUCAUUUAAGAUCUUUGGCUGCUUAUAUUUUUAAUGGCUGAAUGGGGUUUAUGGUUAUCUAUCCCUAACCAUACCAAAUAUAAGUACGUGUGGGGUAUAAUGUGACCGUGACUUCAGGUCAAUGGGCUGAUUUAUCACCACGCUGAGGUUUUCAGAACUUUUCAGAACUAUUGUGCACUUAAGUUUUGAAUGCUGCCAUCAGCACUGUACUGAAUAUAUAAAUAGAUAUAUAGAUAGCUCUUUGAUGGACCUUUUAAACAUGUGAUGUGAUUUAGUUGCCAAUCCUCCAGUGGCUGAUGAAAAGCUUUCAUGUAUCAGACUGUAAAACAUAUACGCUGCAGACUGGAAAUGUUUUCCUGCAUGUACAAUGUCUUAUACGAGAAGCCUGUGCAUGUAACCUGAGCCAGCCGACUCUGAACUGAAGCCAUAAUCUUGGUACCAUGACUUAUUUAUUAGAACUUUUUGUUUGGGGUAGAUGACUCAGGGGUGUAUUGUCCAAAAUUAAUUGUGCCAUGUUUUAUAAAUAAAUAUUCAAUUUUAUUCAUCAACUUCUUUUUUGUUACGCAUAUACAUAAUAUAUAAAAAUGGCUGUGACUCAAUGGUUAAAUAUACUUCCUUUGUGUCUGCUGGUUAUUAUCAGUGUUUGUCAUUUUGCUGAGACACUAAAGUAUAGAAGUGUAAAUGUAUUUCGACAGGUGUUUUCAGGAGCAUUCAGAAACAAACAAAGAGCAGAAAUGUUAUAAUGUUUAGUUAUAACUAAUAAUGUCCUGAUAAAAAUGCAAGUCUCCUAUCCAUUUUGUUUUAUCAGUUACAUUUUGAACUUUUCAAUUUCAUGAUUUUUGUUCUCCUCAUGUGCAGCUGUGUUUGAUUUACGCUUUGGUUUUGUUCACGGGGGAAGAAAAGGCAACAAUGGUGUAUAAGUUUAGAUUUGUCAUCAUGUUAUAUAACUUUAUGUUUUAGUUUAGGCAAUGGUAACAUAUAAGUGUCAUAUACCACACAGUUGAGUCACUGAGAAUUUGUAUUUAUCCUUAAGAUCAUCAUUUUUGGUCAGUGAUGUGCUCUUGUGAAUUAUGUUAAAUCCCUACUUGUUCUUUUGGUAGUGUGGUUUAACACCGCCAUGUGGUCUGAGGUUGUACUACAACAAGGUUCCUCAAACUUAAUGGAUGGUCUAAUGGUCAAAUCAAAGAGGGGGCUUUAACUUUCAGCAUGUUGUUCAGUUGUAGCUUGCAAUAGACCUUUUACACUGGACUUAUAUCUGAUUAGAAACUUUUUCACAGUCAAACUUUUCCUCUCAGAAAUAAGUUGGUUCAUCCAAAGAGCCCUGUGUUUUGUGCAAUACUUCUUAUCAAGGUUACAGGCCAACAAGGUCAUUAAGAGGAAGAGAAAAACAAAGUAAGAAAUCCCAGGAGGGGAACAAAUGGAAGACCAUUCCUUUUGAGUCUUAUGUGUAGGACGGACAUUGGUAAGUAAAUAUAAACAGCAAGGUGUGACAAUAACAGAAACGAAUGGUCUGGAGGAUUAGCCUAAAGUAUCAAAUGACAGUUAUCAUUA